UUCGCAGACCCGAGCGCGGUAGCUACAGCGUCAGUUCUAAUGGCUGUCCUUACAGCCUUUACUCUUUUUGCCAACAGCGUCAUUAUUCUCGCAAUGACGUGGUCCAAGAAAAACAGGCCCGCGAAAGCAAGGUCCAAUAAUGAGAUACCCAGACAUUUGAUGACGUCGCUGGCGGCCUGCGACCUGGUCUGGGGUGGCGUCGGGAUGACGUUGGGUGUCGCCGAGGUCGCGGAGAACGGACGGUGGAUUUUCGGACCGAUGGUGUGCGUUUUCCGACUGUACGUGACGUAUGUGUGGGUCAGCGUCUCCGUGUACCACGUCAACUGCUUGGCCGUGGACAGAUGCCUGGCCAUAUGUAAACCCUGGCUGUACAGGUCACUGACCAACAAGACAGGGUAUUUCAUGGUAGCCGUGUCUUGGGUAGUUCCAGCGGCUCUAUGCAUUGGAACCGUCAGUGAUGUCAUCACUGGAACGGAAACUGAUAAGAACACUACCUGUUUCAUCACUGAUUUGGAAUGUAUGAAGCGCUUAAAGACAUUUUCCUAUGGACUCUCUAUAUUUCUCGCGUUUUACGGACCCUUUCUGUGUCUAUAUUUACUAAACACUUUUCUUAUGAUUAAAGUUAACUUCAUUCUUAAAAAGCGGGAGAGGUUAUUAAAUAGAUACGCCACAGAUAAUAACAACAUAACUGAACAGCUCCAUGGCCCAAACUGUUCCAAUAGAAAUCAAACAAUUGAGACGCCCAAAAGAAGGUACGUUUUUCAUCGACGUAAUUCACGUGACUUUGUCGAUGACAUGAAGACAGGCAAUCAUGACGUCGCGAAAAUAUUUGGGCACGAGUGCAAAGAAGAGGUCAAGCUGGACACUUGGAACUCGGGAACUUGUGCCCGACAAUCUAAUCGCACAAUGAACGCGCCAGAAAGUAUCGACACCAAUAAACCGUACGGUCAAGUCUCGGGCAACGGGCAUCCGAAAUCAGGCCAAGGCUCGGGAAACAUAAGGGCAUUUAAAACAGUGGGCAUUCUGGUAGUUGGUUUCACUGUUUGCUGGUGUCCAGCGCUGGGCAUCGUGUGUCUCUAUUUCAACCUGUUGGAGGGGCUCCCACCUCAUCUUACGGUUGUAUUGUGGAUGUCCUACAUCAACACGGCCGUCAACCCGUUCUUGUAUUGCAUGAACAGAUCAGUCAGACAGGCAGUGAAGAGACUGCUGGAA